AUGUCUUCGAGCCGCGAUGGCACCCCUCGAAAACACAAGCGCCCAAUUGUCCCGCGCGACCAAGACAUGACCCCGCGCCCGACCCAGAAGCGCAUCCAGACGGCCGACUCGGAGUCCGAAUACUCGGUGCUAUCGGCAUCCCGCUCCCAGUCUCAGUCGCAGCGAUCGCAUUCCCAGCGAUCGGGAAGUCAGUCGCCUCGGAAACAGCUCGACCUGCUCAAGGAUUACGAUCGCGGUGUCGAGAUCCGUCCCGUGGCUACGCUCAAGCAGCCCUCGGCAGCGCUUGGCGGCUUUCGAGAGAAGAUGAGCCUCAGCUCCAUGGGGAUUGGCAUUCUUCCCCCGGCGAGCAAGGAGCCCAUCCAUGCGUACAUGGCCCAGGAUGGCGCGUCAGCAGAGACUGUCCCGGACUUUUCCUUCUCCGAGGAGAGGCAUCGGAUCGGACACACGCCUCCACUCGAGGCUGUCCUGGCCGUGUUGGAAGAGGCGCUUGAGUGCGAAUCCAGGUAUCACGGAGAAGCCCAGUGGAACGUCGAAGUGCACAGCCAGAUCCUGCGCAUGGCUCUCCGACCACCAGGUCGCCCGAGUUUCAGCAACCUGGUGAAUUACCUGACAUGCCCUACAGCGUCCGUUGUCCGUGAAUUCCUCACUCCCUUCUGCGCCCCUAAAAAGAUCGACUUUUGCAUUUACAUCGAUCCCGCAAACGACGAGAGUGCCUCUUCUGCCAAGAUGAAGUCGGCCGUGGCCGCAACCAAAAGUCGGCGGCCCGGGGCGACUGUCAACCACACCAACUACGUGCCCCUCAGUGACCGUCCCAUCGCCCUGAGCAUAGAGACUAAGAAGCCCGGCGAGGCCUGGGAGGCCGCCCUGCUGCAACUAGGCGUGUGGGAGGCUGCGCAUUGGAACUCUGUGGAGGAUCUGUGGGGGAACCAAGGGCAGCAACGAGAGAAUCAAGGGGAGCAACAAGAGCAGCAAGGGCAACAAGGGCAACAGCAUGAUGACCUUCCUCCGUUUCUUGACUUCAUCCCCGGCAUCGUCAUCCAAGGACAUGAUUGGUUGCUGGUCCUAUCGCUGAGGGAAGGCGAAAAGACCAUCCUAUACAGCAAAAUCAACAUGGGCGCCACGAACAGCCUCAUGGGCAUAUACAAAAUUGUUCACAGCCUGCAAAUCAUUCGGCAGUGGGCUGCCGAGACAUACUGGCCGUGUGUGCGGCAAGCUAUACUCGCAGGAUGA